AUGUGGAGGUCAUGCUUCGACUCGCUCUUAUUCGUUCUUCUGUUUUCUUUCUUAUGCUCACCCGAUUCUGGUCAGAAACUAGACCUUUUCGAUGAUGACUCAAGAUCUCGCCUUGUAAUGCUUGAUGGUAAUCUGUAUUUUCAUGCUGGGCGACAAAAAAACAUAUCGUUCAUGGCUGGUACUGAUGGCUCAAUUUAUUUUGGCGAGAAAAAUCUCAACUUAUUGCCAGAGUUGACUGAAUUUGAAGUCGUGAAGGAGGAAAUCGACAAGACAAAGGGCCGCGUUCAUCAGCUCAUAAAAAUGGCUGAUUUAUUCAAACAACAGAUUAAAUUAAAAAGUGGCGAUGUUGCAUCCCUGAACAGAAAAGUUAGUUAA